UUAUUCUUCUGGAGAAACGGAUUCCAGUUCACUGGGACAGCAGCGUGGAGACAGGUGCCUGGGUGGAGAUGCGAGAUGCUUUCAGUCAGGGCUGAGCACAAGGCGCCUGGCUAGUCGCUGGGAAUAAGGCAGUAGCGGCGGUGCAGAAUGGCUGACCUCAGUCUGGCAGAUGCAUUAACAGAACCUCCUCCAGAAAUCGAGGGCGAGAUCAAGCGGGACUUCAUUGCCACACUGGAGGCAGAGGCCUUUGAUGAUGUCGUGGGAGAAACUGUUGGAAAAACAGACUAUAUUCCUCUCCUGGAUGUGGAUGAGAAAACCGGGAACUCAGAGUCAAAGAAGAAACCAUGUGCAGAUACUAGCCAGGUCGAAGGUACUCCAUCUCCAAAACCAACAGUGCUAGCCAAUGGUGAUCAUGGAGUAGAAGGGAAUGACACCACAGGGUCUCCGACUGAAUUCCUUGAAGAGAACAUGGCCUACCAGGAAUAUCAGAACAGCCAGAAAUGGCCAGAAGAUGCAGACUUUUGUUUCCAGCCCCAGCCCGUGGUGAAUCCAGUCCAGCCCGAUCCCUUUAGGAUGCACCAUGCUGAUGGCCUGGCAGAUUUGCUCUUUCUCUCCAGUGGAACAGCCAGUGCUUCGGUAUUUACAGGACAGAAUGACCCCCUGAACGACAGUUACGGCAUGGCUCCUGGUGACGCACCUUCUCCCGCUGCGGUAACUCAGGGGUGGCCUGUGGAAGCCCCAAGCUGGCCAUACUCAGAGCCCUUUGUUUCUGCAGAGGCCAUUCCAGGACCGUUGCAGCCAGCAACAGAGCUAGCCGAGAAGGUAGAAAUGGCAUCAGCAGGAGAGAAGCCACCAAGCCAAGCGCCAGUGGGGAUGAAGACUGCUGACAUGGCACCAUCUAGAGAAACAGAGGUGGCACUGGCCAAAGACAUGGCACCAGCCAAAGAAACAGAGCUGGCACCGGCCAAAGACACGGAGCUACCCAACGUACCAGCCAUGGCACUGGCCGAGGACAUGCAGCCGUCUGCGGGGCCAGAUCUGGCCCUUGUCAUGGACAUGGUGCUACCCACAGACACAGAGGUCACCCUGGUAAAGGAUGUCGUAGGCCCCACGGAGACCAGUGUGUCUCCAGCCAGUGAUGUGGUACUGGCCACAGAAAUGGAUGCAGCCCCAGCCAAGGACGUGAUGCUGUUCAAAGAAACAGAGACGGCCUCACCUGUAAAGAUGGACGUAGCCUCCCCUGAAGACACGGUCCCACCCAAAGAGAGAGAGCGAGCCCCGGACAAGGGCGUGGUGUCACUCUCAGGGACAGAAGUGGGGCUGGCAAAGGACAUUGUCUCUCCCACAGAGAUGUCUCCUAACCAGGUGGCUUUGUCUUCAGAGACAGAGGUGACCCCAGCCAGGGACACAGCCCUGCCUCCAGAAACCAAGGUGGCCUCGGCUAAGGAUAUAGCACUAACCCCAGAAGCAGAGGUGGCUCCAGCCAGGGCCAUGGCUCUGCCUCCGGAAACCAAGGUGACCAUGGGUGUAGUGCUGCCUUCAGAAACAGAGGUGGGCCUGAUCGAGGACAUGGCCCAGGGCAGAGAUGUGGCCUCACCCCCAGCAACAGAGGUAGCCCAGAAGAAGGACCUGGCUCUCCCGGCGGGAACUGAGGUGACCUCGGUCAGCAGUGUGGUUCCAGCCACAGAUGCUACACCACCUUCAGAAACAGAGGUGCCUCCAGUUCCAGUUAAAGACGUGGAGAUACCCCAAACAAGGGAAGGAAAAAGCAAGGGUCCCCAACUGGAAUCUCCCCAGGCUGGGGGGCGGUCAGCUGCAGCUGCUUUCACACUUUCCCCAGAACCGAUCACAGCCAUGGGCCAGAAGUGCACCUUGCCAACAGAGGAGGACUCUGUGUUGCAGAAACUAGAACAAAAGAGGCCACUUGGCAGUCAGCCUCCCGAACUUCCUUCAGAGACCUCAGGUACCCCUCCCACACAAGCCCAACAAGUGUACAGACCCAGUGACUGCAGCUCAGCUCGGCCCAAGCCUGCCAGGGGCCCUCCUGAGCUACUGGGCGGCUCUCCUUCAUGGAAGACUCUUGAACCCAGGCCAGGCCCCUGCUCUUUCUCUGAGUCAGGUUGGGUCUCUGGUUCAUCUUCUGGUGGUGAGCCUGGGAACCAAAGGAAGAAUAUUCAUGUUGACUUCCUUGAACCCCAGAGGGAUCUUGGUAGGGAUGCCUGGAAUGUAGAAAGCACAUCGAUGAUGAUGAAGAAAAAGAAGAAGAAACCAAAGCAAAAGAGAUAUCCUCAACCCCGGCCUGGGGGACCUUGGGAUGAUGACAAUGCUGAUGAGCUUAAAGGCCAUCCCUCUGCUGCUGACCAACCCAGAUCAGGUGCUCUUCCCAGCCAGGCUGCCAUCAUGGGCAUGGACUAUGGACUGGUACCCCGAGAACACUUGAAAAGGGAACGUGUGGUUGACUCGGCACCAGCCAAACCUGCUGCUGAAAACAGAGAGAGUCUCAGGGUUCCUUCAUGUCCUUCAGAAGAUGCCCCCACAACUCCAGUAAAUUCUCAGCCCAAGCUGAGUGUAGAGAAAGAAGGCAGAGAUAACAGGUUGGUACCACAGAGCCCAGACAAGCCAUUGCUGCAGCAAGGUGAACACAGACCACAGCCUCCUGCCCACCCCAGGACACCUGUGGGUAACAGCCAGGGAGUGGGGCCCCUCAGGUCACAAGGGCUCUUGACAGAAGUUGCUACACACAGGCGAGAAACUCCAUUGGAGAUCAAACCCAAAGAGGGUUGCCCUUCUAACUUGGAUCAAGAGGUGGUAGGUGGAGUUUCAAAACUCACAGCAGCAAAAGAAAGGCCUAAUCCAAUGCCCAUGCCCACUUUGACAGCAAGGAAUCCAUUGGAAAAUAAUUUCAAAAAAGGCAAUGGUGAGAGUAGAGAGACUAAACCCAAGGAGUUUCCUGGAGGAGGUAGAGAGAUGAGCGAACUAAAACAGGAAGAGUUUCCCAAGCAAAAACCAGAGGUCAGCAUCUUUGCUGCUGAACAGCUGCAGGGCCAGGGGUCAGAAGGGGUCCCUGGGCUAGAGAAUGAGCCAUUCAGGAGAGUGACAGGUGAUGGCAGGAGCAGGAAGGGAAGGGGAAGUUCUGGGAAAGUGAGGAUGAAUUCGGGGAAGCUAAGAGCACGACCUGAGCUGCUGUUCCCCCUGGACAGCCAGGACGGAAGAGCUGGUCCUGUGCCGAGUGAGCCCACUGCUGGAACUGGCGGAGUGACUCCUGGGGAGAAGAGAGAGGGGCUGGGGCUGGGUUCCCCAAAGCAGCCAGGGGCUGUGGCUGACCUCACUGAGGCAGCGGUGGGAGGGGAGCCUAAGGUGACCGCUCACCCCAGGGUGGCAGAUUCCUUGCAGGCUUUGGUUCCUUCGGAAAGUAGGUCAAGCGUGACUCAGACUUCUGGUGCUAGCAUGGAAAGUGGAGCCGCAGUCAGAGAUUUGGGGGUCAGCAACCAAACCAAGGAAGGAGAGUGUCCUUGGAUGGAUCAUGAGACAACUUCCUGGAUUUCCGAAAAAACUAAAAAGAAAGGCAGUGAUAGCAAAGGCAAAAAGAGUAAGAACAGUAGUAAUUCCCUCCAGCCUCCUGGCAUGGAGUGCAAAGAAGAACUCCCCAGCUCACCGUCUGCAGGGAGCGGGGGAGGUGUCGGUAGUAUUCCCCAUACACACAAGGAACUGGGACUUGUUUUCCCCCAGAUGCACGACCCGCCAUCCUCACAGCCAUCAGAGCCACCCGUGGCAGAAGGGCCUGCCAGUAAGAAUGGGGCUGUCGAGGUCAGGCCUGCCGAGCUGGCUGUGGGGUGGGGCAAAGCAGGCACAGUCGCGGACUCUGCUGCCACUGAGCCAGCUGCCAAGGUGACAGGGGUGAGCUGCCAAGACCCAGUCCAGGGGGCAGCAUUUGUUCCUCCAGUGCCUUCUGAUGAGAAUAAGACGCAUGCGGCCAAGGGACACCCUGCGGUGGCUGACAAACCGAAUAAAAGGAGCCAUGACGGGAAGAGUAAAAAGGUUAAAAAUAGUUUUCCCGAGAAGCACUUUCUGGAGAGUAAGAUAGAUGCGGCAAAAAUACACGUUCCCAUGGAAACCACAGGGGACCACAGCGUGGAAGGGAUGGGCUAUGUGGAUGAAAAUAGGAAUAUCACGUUUACCUGUCCCGGGGCACUGUCGGGGCUGCUGAGCAGGCCAGCUCCUGAGGCUCCGGGGUCGGCAGCUUGUGAAGACCUGCCCACUUCUGCUCCUCAGGUGGUAAAGAAAGGUGCUUCCUCCCCAGACAGCUCAGUGGAAAGUGGGCAAGAGAGAGCCCCGACCCCAGCCCCGGCCUCCAAACUGACAGUGGUAGGCAGCAAAGAUAGCGUCCCAGGUGCUGCCCAACCCCAGGCCCCCCCUGCCGCUAUGCCUUCUACAAGCACUGGGACAGCAAGCACGGGGACAGUUAACAGUCACAGAGAUCACUGUCUUAAAAAUAAAGGUGAGCCUGCUGAUCCCAUGAAAAAUAGAGCAGGGGUAGAUGAAGGGCAUGCGGGCGGAGAAGCCGGGGCAGUGCCUGGAGGCGCAGUUAAGCGGUCAGUAGAGAAAACCCCAGAGCUAGCCAAAGGGCACCUUCAUCCUGGACAGCCAGCAGGAGCGCAGAGUCCCCCAGGGGAGGGCAGGGCCCCAGAAGCACAUGCAGGCCAGGGUCCUUUCCCCAUGUCCCCAGUGAACCAAUCACAAGACCCUGAGCAUGGUUCUGCUGCAGGCCACAGUCCUGGCAGAGUGCCAAAGCCUAGUCCCUGUGCGGACCAGGGAACUGCAGGUAGAGAAGCUCAGGGCCCAGGUGGGCCGAAGGAGGUGGAUAAGACUCUUUUGCCUCCAAAAUGUGAAAAGGACAAAUCGAAAGAAAUGAACCUGGCUGGUAAAAUCUCCGAAUUGGCAAGUGUUCCCUUGCCAGAACUGCCGUCCGAUGGUAGGGAAGUGGGAGCAUCUCCUACAGGAGUGGCAGGGGAGCUAGUGACAACCACGGCCGAGGGUCUCCCCCUCCCAGAACUCAAGGGUAAGGCCUCAGAGAGCCCUCUGGAAACGACAGCCAAACCGGAGCCCCCGGCUCUGGGAGAAGGGAAGAAGGAAGACAGGAGCCGAACGGCGGAGCCGAUGAAGGGCUACAUGAGACCCACCAAGUCCCGAGGACUCACUCCGCUGCUGCCCAAGUCCACGAUCCAGGAACGGGAGCGGUCCAGGCAAUUGAAGUCCAGUGGGAUAAGCAGACCCGAAGAAGGACUGUCUGCUGUGAGUGCCACCGGAAAUGACAUCACUGCCCCGCCUGGCAAGGAGCUCCCACCAAGCCCGGAGAAGAAAGCCAAGCCUUUGGCCACCACUCAGCCUGCAAAGACUUCAGCGUCGAAAGCCAAAACACAGCCCACCUCUCUCCCUAAGCAGCCAGCUCCCACCACCCUUGGUGGGUCGAAUAAAAAACCCAUGAGUCUUGCUUCAGGCUUAGUACCAGCUGCCCCACCCAAACGCCCUGCCGCCACCACUGCCCGGCCUUCCACCCUACCUGCAAGAGACGGGAAGCCAAAGGCUGCAGCAGAGGCAAAGGUUCCUGAGAAGCGGGCCUCUUCAUCCAAGCCGGCCUCCACCUCAGCCUCCAGAGUUGGACCCAAGGGCUCCCCAACUGUCCCCAAAGCCACCACAGCUACCACUCUUGCCACAUCUGGCCCAACAAGCAGGAGCCCCCCGACAGCCCUGGCCAAGAGGCCCACCCCCACCAAGCCCGAGGGAAAGUCUGCGGACGUCAAGAAGAUGAGCACCAAGUCUGCACCAGCUGAUGCCAGUCGCUCCAAGAGCACCUCCACUGGCUCCAGCUCCGUGAAGAAGAGCACCAGUCUCCCUUCGGCGGCCUCCCCAGCAGGCGUGGCUCCCACCCGGGUCAAGGCCACGCCCGUGCCUCCCCGGCCCUCCACGGCCUCUGCUGUGGACAAGAAGCCCAGCUCCUCUGCCCCAAGGCUGAGUCGCCUGGCCACCAACACCUCUGCCCCGGAUCUGAAGAAUGUCCGCUCCAAGGUUGGGUCCACGGAGAACAUCAAGCAUCAGCCUGGAGGAGGCCGGGCCAAAGUAGAGAAAAAAACAGAGGCGGGGGGCACCACCUGCAAAGUUUUUUUUGGCCAACACCCCUCCCCGAACCCCGCCCGCAAGAGAGCCAGCCCCGCGGCCAGUGCGCAGAAGCCGCCUGCCGGGAAAGUCCAGAUAGUCUCCAAAAAAGUGAGCUACAGCCAUAUUCAGUCCAAGUGUGGUUCCAAGGACAAUAUUAAGCAUGUCCCUGGAGGUGGUAAUGUUCAGAUCCAGAGCAGGAAGGUGGACAUCUCCAAAGUCUCCUCCAAGUGUGGGUCCAAGGCCAACAUCAAGCACAAGCCCGGUGGAGGAGAUGUCAAGAUUGAAAAUCAGAAACUGAACUUCAAGGAGAAGGCCCAGGCGAAGGUGGGCUCCCUGGAUAACGUAGGCCACCUGCCCGCGGGAGGUGCCGUGAAGAUUGAGACCUACAGGCUGACCUUCCGGGCGAACGCCAGGGCCCGCACCGACCACGGGGCUGACAUUGUCUCCCGCCCCCCCCACUUCCCUGGUGGCCCCAGCUCGGGUGCCCGGGCCCUGGGCUCCCUCUCCCGGACUGCCCACUAGACCUGCACGGGCAGCUCCCAGGCCACUCCCACUCUUCCCUGUGCGCUGGCCCCACGCCCCCUCCCCCUGCCUGGGCCCAGCUCCUUGCUUUGUCCUGCCCCAUCACCCUGCCACAGAGCUCCGAGGGAAGGGCGGGAGGGGCCUGGGAGGAGCCCAAGUCGGGAUCUCAUGGAAUCUGCUGGGGUGGGGAGAGGGGAUGGGAUUCCAGCCUCCUGUUUGGUUUUUUUGGACCAACCCCCAAAGAGACUGACACAGCCUUCCUCCAACCACCCCCCGCAGACUGACACAGCCCUCCUCGCUGGGCCAGCGGAGAGGAGUGUGGAGGGGCCCCUGCUACCCACCCUGCCUGUCCUGACCAUGGAGCCCGCGCAGGCGGUGCUGGGCCCCUUGUCGCAGGCCCGUUAGUUAGGGUCGCACUGCCCGUCCCGCCCGCUGUGCACACACCUGCCCAGCUGCUGUCACUGACUUCCCGUGUUCUCUCCCUUUUUCCCUAAUAACCCAAAUCGCGGUGGAGUUGUUCUGCGGGUGAAGCCAUGUUAAAUGAAAGUCCUCAGUACGUGUUAAGGAAACCGAGAGGGGAGAUGCUGAAGCCUCCACCCAGGAGGAUGUGAGGCACGGGGGCCGCCCUGUCCUGAGCAGUGGGGGCCCCACCAGAGGGGUGGGCCGAGAAGGGGUGCGGAGCGGUGGCCUGUGCGGUCGGCGUACUAGGGCUGGCCACGCGAAGGCUGGUGGCUGGUGGUCCGGGCACCGCGUGUCUGCUGCUUUGCUUUGCUAACCGGAAGCUGGCUUUGGCAUCUCUUCAUUCCCUGGAAUCGGCUGUUCUGCCCUGGCUUCAGGCCAGGGCUGGAGAAAAGGAAAGGGCCAGAGGGGCCCACAAGGCCUGCCGGUGCACACGGGACACCUGAGCCCUCGUGUCCGGCGGCUCGAGGUGUCUGGGACUCCCAUGGACAGUGGGGAAUCAGGUCUGGAAAUUUUGAAGUAAAAGGCAUGACACCAUGGCCAUUGAUUCCCGGUAGCCUAACUGGGGCGAGGAGGGGGCGAGGCCGACCAGCCGGUGAGGGGUGUCCCGCCAGGCCUGGUCCUGGAUGCUGUGAUGAGAAAGCCCGGGAAUUGUAUUGACACGAUUAUUGCACUUGUACUUUUUGUAUUAAAGUUUGCAUGGUUUCUAAUAAAGGAUUAAAACGUCA